AUGGCGAAGAGGAACACUGUGGUGGUCUUGUCAUCGGACGAAGAAGAUAGAGAUCGUUCAUCGAGCGCCAAUCGGAGAUAUACACCGACCAAAUUGACCUCUACGGUUCCGCGCACAAACCCUAGGCGAUCCAAAAGGGCUCGUGUUUCGAGUUCUCGCGCUAGAUUGGGCACAGUACCAAGUAAUUGGGAUGAGGUCAAGCUGUUCUGUGAAGAUUUUGACGAAGUGUUUAGUGGGUUCAAAGGUUCUGGAAGAAGCAACGUGAAGGAGUUAUGGGUCGAUAAAUACAAACCCCGUUCUUUUGAGGAGCUCGCUGUUCACAAGAAGAAGGUGGAAGAAGUUAAGUUGUGGUUUGAAGAAAGAUUAACAAGUUCAAAGGGUUCAUCUAGUAAUCAUGUCCUUGUCAUCACUGGGCAAGCUGGUGUUGGAAAAUCCGCAACUAUUCAUGCAAUUGCAUCUCACCUUGGAGCCACAUUGUGUGAAUGGAACACACCAACUCCUGUAGUUUGGCAAGAACAUUUAUACAACUCCAGUGCAGGAAUACGCUACAUGUCAAAGUUGGAUGAAUUUGAAAAUUUUGUGGAGAGAAUAAGGAAGUAUGGAUUGAUCCCAUCAUCCCUUAAUGAGGGUUCAAAAUCAUCAAUCAUACUCUUAAUUGAUGACCUUCCGGUGACAAAUGGUAGAGUUGCUUUUGGAAGACUUCAAAAUUGUUUGCAUCUUCUUGUGCAAUCUACUCGGAUACCAACUGCUAUAUUGAUCACCAACUAUGGUAAAGCCGAUUCAGCAGAUCACUCCACUGGAUACUUAGAAGAACUUCAGUUGUCUCUUGAAAAUGUUGGGGCUUGUAAGGUCUCCUUCAAUCCUAUAACAGAUAAUUCCAUCAAGAAAGUACUUUCUAGAAUAUGUAAAGAAGAGCAGUGUAAUGUGACUACUGAACAAGUCAGUCUAAUAGCAAAAGCAAGUGGAGGUGACAUUAGACAUGCAAUUACAUCUCUGCAGUUUUUCUUUCUGAAACCAAAUCCGAGGCAUUUGUUGUCUUCAUCAAGUCCUGCUACCACAUCUGCUAAAGAGAAACCAUAUGAGGUAAAUGCUUUGGACGAUGGGUUUUCCUUCCAAUUUGGCAGAGAUGAUACACUUUCUCUAUUCCAUGCCCUUGGGAAGUUUCUGCAUAACAAAAGAGAGACGGAAAAUGUCAUGGCAUUGGACGGAGAUGCAUUUCAUGUGCGGGAAGGAUUGUCUAGACUACCACUAAAAAUGGACGCUCCAGAAAAGAUUCUAUGCCAAGCACAUGGACAAGCUAGGCCUGUUGCCGACUUUCUACAUGAAAAUGUUUUAGAUUUUCUGAGUGAGGAGGCCAUAGAUGAUGCGUGGGCAGUUGCUUCAUAUUUAGGUGAUGCUGACUUGCUUCUUGCUACUUUCCGUGGAAUGCUAAGUAGACAGUAUGAGGCAGAGAACAUUCUACAAUCAGCUGGUGCUUCAGUUGCUGCUCGGGGUGUGCUAUUUGGAAAUUUUCAUCCAUUGCCUUCCAGGUGGCAUGCCGUUCGCCGGCCAAAGGUCUGGCAGGUUGAGCAAUCAUCAUUGCGUAACAAGAAGGAGAUGGUAAAACGGAGAUUUGGCGCUUAUAGUGGAAUGUGUGCAUCCGAUUUGACAGUUAUUGCUACUGAGUACACACCUGUGUUGAAAUGGCUUGGAUUUAGGGCAGUGCAAGGCUACAAGGAAGAAGACAAUGUUGAAACGAUAAGUUUUGACGGUCAAGAAACUGAAAUUUCUGAUGAUGAAAUAGAAGAAUGGUAA